ACGACACUCGGAGUACUCGCACUCCAGUUGUUGCUGUGCUGUGGCUAAAGUGGCUGUUGGCUGCAAGCUGCUGAGUUGUCGCUGCCUGUUGACUGUAGUUGGCUUUUAGCUGAUGGUGUUUACGUCAGAAACGUUAAACAAAUUUUUAAUAGAAAACGGAAUUUUAAAACAAAUCAAUUAUGCGUAUAAAUAAUAAAUAAAUAAAUUUACUUGUUGCUAUUGAUGCGCAAACAACACACACACGCACACUCGCAGUCUGUGUAUAAUGUUCUUUCAUACAUAUCUGCAUACAUAUAAAAAAAGACAAAAGCAUUAAUACAAAAAAAAAAAAUAAUAAUAAAAUAUUAAAAAGUGAGCAAAAGACGACGUUAGACAGAGAGAAAAAGAAAAAGUUGCAGCAAUCUCCUAACUCGGUGAAAAUCAUAGCAGCAGAAACAACGUCGUCAACAUUCAACACAACAACAAAACAAAGAAGCUAUUCCGGAAAGAGACAGUGUACGGAAGUGACAAGCGCUAUGGAAACGCCUGCUGAUCUAAAUCGCGGCGAUACAACGCGAAAAAGCGUACGCCUGCAUGCAGCGAAAAAAGGAUUGGCACCAGCGCCACCGAAACUAUCCCUACCCGCUAGUAAUAAUAAUAACAAGAGUGAAGACUUGCCAGUAGAGAAGCUAAACGCCACCAAAAGCAUACUUCUUGCCUCAUCGUCCCCAAAACCAGCAGCCAGGAAAAAAAUUGAUCUCAAUUUAACGACAACAACGUUAGACAGCGAUGGUCCCGUCCAGCUACGUCUCUUGGCAGCACCUCUGCCCCCCCGUGUCGCUGUCUCGGCAAUGCCAACGCUGCACACUGGGCAUCCUUCUGCAAAACCGAUGUCUGUCAUGUCCACCGAGGAUGAUGUGGGCGUAUCAUUCGCCUUGGGCUCUAUAGAGAAGCAUAUCCACAACGUUGAGGAGAGCUUUAAGCAACAACAGCUGGCCGAGAAGCAACAGCAGCAGUCCCAGUCGUCCAUGGAUGUGAUGAAAAUGGAAAUAAUGCGCAAGCAAAGCAAACGUUAUGGCGAAACUGAGAAUCUGCUGCGACCGGGCAUUAGCGAUAUGUCCUCAGAGAAUGAUUUUCAAUAUCUGGGCGGACGGCGUGCUGAGUUUGACGACAGCAAUGAGCAAAUGCUCUCAGAGUUUCAGCGUGGUAGCGAUGGGCGGAACUCAAUUGGUGCCUAUUCAAAGAACACAUCAGCAACGCCCGGAACAGCGAGCUCCCUAAAGACAAAGUUGGCGCGCACUGCAUCCGAUACGAAGAAUAAUGAUACUGUCCUGGCCAUGCGUGCCACACUCAAGCAUAAGCAGCACCAGGACGAUAAACAGCAUGCAUGGCGCCCAUCGACAUCUACAACGACAAAGGCUGCUCCUACGCCGGCAUCUAGAAGUUCUGUAACCGGUGCCUAUUCUUCAGGCCUUAGUGGCAAGGUAAGCGGCAGUGGCAGCGUUGUAGAUGGUGGCACCUCAUCCAAAUUGACGGCUACGACAAUAUCGGCUGCAAAACGCCGCGAGGAGAAUUUGCGUCAAUUUGAAGCGCUGUUGGCACAAAAGUCCAACAAUCGUCAGGGAACGUCCAGUGCAUCAUCGUCCGGUUCCAGUGCUACUCCUUCGUCCCGGAGACGCAUAGAGCGCCCCAUUGUGGCGCCCAUACCACCAUACAAUUCCAGUUCCGGCGGUGAAGCAGCAGCGCGCUCGAUAACGGCUGACCAAAGACCGGCAGCCACAGCGACGGGUCAUCAUCGGGUCGCACCUGCAGUGGCUGCCAAUCGCAGCAAUGUGUACAGCAACACUGCUGCCCAGGGUUCGCCGAAUUUGCAGAUGCGAAGUAGUGCACCGAUGAGAUGGCGCGCAACCGAGGAGCACAUUGGCAAGUAUAAACUAAUUAAGACGAUCGGCAAGGGAAACUUUGCAAAGGUGAAACUGGCAAAGCAUUUGCCCACUGGCAAGGAAGUGGCAAUAAAGAUUAUUGACAAAACCCAACUGAAUCCUGGGUCACUACAGAAACUUUUUAGAGAGGUUAGAAUAAUGAAAAUGCUUGAUCAUCCCAAUAUUGUGAAACUGUUUCAAGUAAUCGAAACGGAGAAGACAUUGUAUCUCAUUAUGGAAUAUGCAUCAGGCGGCGAGGUGUUCGACUAUUUGGUACUUCACGGACGCAUGAAGGAAAAGGAAGCGCGCGUUAAGUUUCGACAAAUUGUUUCGGCUGUGCAAUACUGCCAUCAAAAGAGGAUUAUACACAGAGACUUAAAAGCUGAAAACUUGUUACUGGACAGUGAAUUAAACAUAAAAAUUGCCGAUUUCGGAUUUUCAAAUGAGUUUACACCGGGCUCUAAGCUUGACACAUUCUGUGGAAGUCCACCAUACGCGGCGCCAGAGUUAUUUCAGGGCAAAAAAUAUGAUGGACCAGAAGUAGACGUCUGGUCAUUGGGUGUUAUACUGUAUACGUUAGUGAGCGGUUCCCUGCCUUUCGACGGUUCGACCUUGAGAGAGCUGCGCGAACGCGUACUCAGAGGCAAAUAUAGAAUCCCUUUUUAUAUGUCGACUGACUGCGAAAAUCUGCUGCGCAAAUUUUUGGUACUGAACCCCGCCAAGCGUGCUAGUCUUGAAACAAUCAUGGGCGAUAAAUGGAUGAACAUGGGGUUUGAAGAGGACGAACUGAAACCGUAUAUAGAGCCAAAACAAGAUUUAGCCGAUCCCAAGCGGAUAGGUAAGACGGAAGCCCUAGUCGCUAUGGGUUACAAUCGGCAAGAGAUUGAGGCAUCGCUCUCACAAGUGCGGUACGACGAUGUGUUUGCCACAUACUUGCUACUGGGACGAAAGAGCACUGAUCCGGAAAGCGAUGGUUCACGAUCUGGCUCAUCAUUAUCGCUUCGCAACAUUUCUGGUAACGAUGCAGGCGCGAAUGCCGGCAAUUCGGUCGUGCAGAGUCCCACACACCGCGGCGUCCACAGAAGUAUUUCGGCAUCGAGCACUAAACCUAGUCGCCGAGCCUCGUCUGGUGCGGAAACAUUGCGCGUUGGUCCCGCAAACACAACCACACCCGUUGCAGCCACAGCGGGCGCUGCGGGCGCGGUCAAUCCCAGCAACAAUUAUAAUGCUGCAGGAUCAGCAGCGGAGCGCGCAUCAGUGGGCAGCAAUUUUAAACGGCAAAACACCAUCGACUCCGCAACGAUUAAGGAGAAUACGGCUCGACUGGCCGCACAAAACCAGAGACCAGCGUCAGCCACCCAGAAAAUGCUCACAACGCCAGACACAUCGUUGAAUAGCCCUGCGAAGCCACGCACAACUGCGAAGUACGAUCCAACUAAUGGCAAUCGCACGGUUAGCGGCACCAGCGGCAUUAUGCCAAGACGCUCUACCACGCUAUAUGAAAAGACUUCGUCGACCGAAAAAACAAAUGUUAUUCCUGCAGAGACAAAUGGAUCGACAGCUCCUGCUGGGAAGGGUCAUACUAAAAGCGCGUCUGUUUCAAGUCCUCGCCCCUCAACAGACGGAUGCGUCUCAGUAUCAAACGACCCACUCGGAACGAGAGCUCGAAACAACACAGCGCUGGAAUACUCGGGAACAAGUGGCGCAUCUGGCGAUUCACCCCAUCCGGGUCGCAUGAGCUUCUUUUCCAAGCUAUCGUCACGUUUUAGCAAACGGCCAAACCAGUAAUUAACAAACAAACAUUAACUAUUCCUUGUUAAUAGUUCUAAAACUGAAACAAACGAUUCCCUCUAGAGUAAACGCGCGUGACGGAGAGAUACAGAUAUGAUACAGACACAGAUACAGAUCAGAAAGAUAACAGAUCCGAAAUCAGGUCGAUACGAUCCGGAUCUGGAUACAGGUCCGAGCAAUUAGCUCCGAAUCCGAUUCGUACCCCCUCCAAACAAGAACACCAACGACGUUGAGUUGCAUUGCUUUAACAGAAAUUCACAAAAGCGCCUAUGUUUUAUUACGAUUAUUAUCUAAUUAUACACAACUAUACAUUUAUAUAAAUGAAAAUACAUAAAUAUGUUUAGAAGCAAAUGAGCAACAGCUACAAAUCAACAUCAACAACAUAUAAAUAUACAUACUAAAUAGAUUUUCUUAUUUUUUUUUUUUUUUGUAAAAUUAAUGCUGAUAUAAAAAUUAAAAACUGCAAUAUUUAACAAUUAGAAACCAAUCAAUUAUUGUCCUGUUGCGUUUGCGGAUUAUGUUUUAAUACUAAAUACAUACUACCUAAAAUAUUUAUGUUAACUACGCAUUGCUAUUUUAGUUAUUACCUAAAUUAUAUACAAAUAUGUAUGUAUGUAUAUUUAUUACGAACACAAUUGAAAAAACAGCGAUUAAAAAUUCACAUGAGAAAUAGAAAGAGAAAUACCAUAUUGUAAAACCGAUGACUUAAAAAGCGGUUGCGAGAAUUUGUAUCUAUGAUCUUAAAUUUAUUUAGCAAUAUUUGUAUAUGUAUGUAUGAAUGUAAUUGUAUUUUAAUUGAAUCCGUGAAACAUACAAUCAGAAUUGAAAAUACCGAACUUGCAAUGAUAUACAUAAUAAUGAUCAAUCGCAUAUGAAGUCGAAGCGCAGAAAUCAGAGCGUAUUUAGCAUUCUAAGCAUACCAAUUAGUUGUCAAAACGAAUUACUCCUAAAUCAAGAUGAAAAUUAUGUAUAUGUAUUAAAUCUUGUGCAUGUGACCAUUUUAUUUGUACAGAUGAUAAUCUUUAAAUCGUGUUAUCAGGCCCUGCACCGGCCCGAUUAGUAGUUAUGCAUAUUAAGUUUCAAAGAAAUAACACAUAAUUAAAUAAAUUGAUAAUUAAAUUAAUCAAUCCAUAAUAAAUGCUAUGGACAUUUUCAGAGAGAAAAAAUGAACCAAAAA